UUCCGGGUAGCGUCACACAGCUCUUCGAAAAUAUGGCUGCGUCCGUGUUGAAGGUUGCAAUUACAGGUCUUUCGAAGUGUGCCCGUCACACUUUGCCUUUGCUGAGAACCCACUCAACAACCACUCCACUCUGCCAAGGAGUCCCAGGGUCAGUAUGGAAGCUAGGCAGAUUGAACCACGUAGCCAUCGCUGUUCCUGACAUGGAGAAGGCCACUGCUCUGUACAGGGAUGUACUUGGGGCUCGGGUCAGUGACAAGGUGCCCCUGCCUGAGCAUGGCGUCUACACAGUGUUUGUGGAGUUGGGGAACACCAAGCUGGAGCUGCUGCACCCUCUAGGAGAGAAGAGUCCCAUUGCUGGCUUCCUUCAGAAGAACAAGGCUGGAGGAAUGCAUCACAUUUGCAUAGAGGUGGAUGACAUAAAUGCUGCCAUUGUGCACCUGAAGGCCCAGAAGAUCAGGACGCUCUCAGCAGAACCAAGGAUAGGAGCUCAUGGGAAACCAGUCAUGUUCCUGCACCCUAAAGACUGUGACGGGGUACUGGUGGAGCUGGAACAAGCUUGAGUGUUCAAAUAUAGCUAUAUUCAAACAACAAAUUUCAAUAAAACAAGACUUUUUUAUGAACAUCAAAUGGCCUGGAAUUGUUAACUUUCACACUGAAAGUGUGUCUGUCUGUCUGUGUUGGUCCUGUGUAGGUGCAGAAAACACUGUUUGGUUUCAUCUGUUGCAUGAGCACCUGUAGCUACUACAGAAACUCUGUAGCUCUGGCUAGGAAAUUAACUGUGCCAUUUCACUUUCUACAGUUUAUAUAUGCUAUCGAUUGCUUUUGGUUUUGCAUUAUACUGUGAAAGUGGGUUUUCAUGGAGAGAUGUGGGACCUUGUAUUGAUUUACUGUUGAUGAUAUUUUCUGGUGUUUUUCUGCCGUAAACGUAGUUGUUUUUCUAUGGCAUCAAGAUUUGCCUACCUCUGACUGUUCUGAAUACAUGGUUUAAUAGUGUUUUUGACCUUGCUAUAAUCACAUCCUGUUUUUUGUUGUUUUUUAUUCUCACCCUUUACACGUUUUCACAAAUCCC